ACCCAAACAAGCUCUUGCUAGAAUGAUUAUUAGAGAGUGUGUUAACUUCAACUUGGAACAGGAUUCUUAGCUUCCUCCCCCGAUUACUUGCGGAACUGAAUAGUGAAUACCGAUCCUCCAAGCCUUCCAUUGGUUCUAGGUUUCUGCCUUCUGCUUCUCUCUCUGCCUUUCACUACUUACAUUCAGUUAUUCAAAUCGAGCAAGCCGUGCGCACUGCGCACGAGCUCUGCACACCCGCAAUCGUGCGCACUCUCACACCACUGCGUGGAAGAGAGAGAAGUGAAAAGCCCUGAAAUUAUAAGUUAGAAAGGAAGGAGAAGAGGGAGAAAUAGCAUAUGGCUGAUCUGUUUGCGUGGCUCAUCUCCUUCUUUAUCCUUAUUGCCUUGCUUGUCAUCGUUAUUUACCAGUUAAUGUGUUUGGCAGAUCUAGAGUUUGAUUAUAUAAAUCCUUACGAUUCCUCAUCGCGAAUAAACAAAGUGAUUUUACCUGAGUUUAUAACACAAGGUGUCCUAUGCUGCUUCUACCUUAUAACAGGGCAUUGGGUUAUGUCACUAUUUUGUGUUCCUUACCUCUACUACAAUUAUAGAUUGUACAAUCAAGGAAAGCAUUUGGUUGAUGUUACAGAGAUAUUCAACUUGCUCCCUCGGGAAAAGAAGCAACGACUCAUUAAGCUCUUCUAUCUUGUUUUGCUCCUCUUCCUUUCCAUAUUCUGGAUGAUCUAUGUAUCAUUGGAUGAUCACAAUGCCUAAUUUAAUCAUUUGUUUUUGCGGAGUGCUUUCUGGAAGUUUCCUGUGCAUUAAAUUGCAUACUUUUGCGGUUGAGAGCGGCCAUGAACUUCCGAUAUUGAACAUCAUUGUGUAUUAACGUGUACCUUAGUGAGUUGGGGAAUCGAUUUGAUUGUUGGACAAUAAUAUAUUAGGGAUUUAUAUUAAAAUUAUUAAUUCACUUGAGGCAGUUUCAUUGCAUGUACCUUCUGUCCUUUGUUUGUUCCCUGCAUUUUAUUCCUUGUGUAGAAAUUCUCAGAGGAGUGGAACACCGCUGUGUGUAGAGGUCUGAUUAGCAUGGAAAGCGUUAACCAAACUUCUCUACUUGUCAUUGUAGCAGAACAAUGAUAUAUGCGUAAAUGCGAAAUCUGUGUUCAGCUAUACAUUCCAAGAAGCAAA